AUGCCCGAGCUGCUUCAGGCACAUUUGCUUGGUAAGCCACCACGACCCGUUCGCACACGCAGCGCGUCAUCCCAUACACAGGAAAGGGGAUUGCGAUCGCAGGCUGCGGAGCCUUGCAGGAGUGCUCCAUCCGCCGGAUUCCGACAUGCAGAACUUGACUACGAUGAAAAGCUUCGAAGACAUCAGGCCUCCUUGUCCCUUGCGCAGCGGAUGGGUCUUGUGGCUGAACCAGCACAACCUCUGACGAGCGUGCAAUGGGAGCAUGUCAAACAUGCAUCUGAUUCUCGGCAAGAUAGCGAAGUGCCAUGCAGUAUUUGUCUGGAGGACUUUCGAACGCGACCCCAGGUGAUACUCAGCUGCAGCCACGUUUUUCAUGGUGAGUGCUUGCGCAGCUUUGAGAGGUUUGCAGGAAAAAGACAUUGCCCUCUUUGUCGAUGUCCCUACUUUGAUGCGACCAUUCAUCAUUCAGGACUCAUGGUUUGGCGGAAGAAAUGCGCUAGCCGUAUCCAGCGAGCAUGGCGUGGCUAUACCAGCCGAAAGGAGCUUUUCAACGAGCUACGAGAUCCCAACAUUCGCAAAGAAGCUCCUGCAUUGCAUCGGCGCUGUUGUGGCAAAGCGCUUCAGGCCCUUGGUGGCAAGUUGGAGAAAGCCUGCGAGGACCAUGAAGAUGCCUUGGAAAGGUUCCUCCAGGAGUUGGAUGGAAGCGUGGCACAGAGUUCUGCCCUGAUUCGUGAGGGUCUGUGUGGCUUUGAGCAACUCCACUCAGGCAUGGUGGCGCCUCUUCCAGCUGCUUCUUCGAACCAAGAGGCAAUGUCGAAAGAUUGCGCUCAAGCUGAAGAAGGUCCGAAAUGGUCAUGGUCAACAGCUCGAAAAGCUGCACGAAGUCGGGGAGAAGAAGUCGACUGUCCAAUUUGCUUUCAACCCUGCCACUUGGCAGACCGACAAAGUGAUCGGGUGGAACUGCUAUCGUGUUCGCACGUCUUUCAUCGCUGCUGCAUUAUGUCUUUCGAGUCCUUCCAUGUCUUUGAGGUACAUUUGUGCCCAGUUUGCCGCCAGACUUACGACCGACGUCCCUGGAAUUAUGAGGCACAAGCAAAACCACCUCGACCUGUCGUUGACAAAGAUCUUCCACACCGACUCAGAAGUGUUCCCAAACCUGGUCCACGGGCUCCAAGGCUGAACUACAGAGCCCUCCAUUGAAAGAAGCCGCUGCCUGUCCAAAGCAGAUAGGAGCUUUGCGGAUUGCCCACAAGCGGCAGCCUGACAAGAGGCCAAAGGAGCCUGCAAACAAAGCUUGAAAA